GAGCUCAUGGGCCAGCACGGGGACCCCUACAAGGAGCACGUGGGCCUGCACGUGGACCCCUUCAUCUCCAAGGGCCAGCACGGGGACCCCCACGUGGAGCUCAUGGUAGGACCCGCCCUGGUCGUCGCGGCGCUCGGCCUGCUGUUCGGGCUCCUGGCGCGCGAGGCGCAGGCCAUGCCGAGGCAGAGGGCCCCUACGCCUUCAGCCCGGACUCGCCAGCGCGCCCAGCUGGCGGCGGCGGCGGCGCGCGGGCGGCCGCUGGUGGGCGCCCUGACGCUCUUGGAGCAGCUGGCCGUGAGGCCGAACACGGAGGCCAUGUACCGCCAGCUCCUGCAGACGUUCAUCACGUACUGCUGCGACCACCGCCGGGACUGGAACAACCUGCGCGAGCUGGACCGCCUGCUCGCCGAGUACUUCACCUCUCGCUACAUCUCGGGGGCGGCGGCGAGCGUCGGAUCGCAGACGGUGGCGGCGCUGGCGCACUUCACGCCGGGUCUCCCCAGGCGGGUGGGCUCGCUCUUGCCCCGCGCCUCACGCGCGAUGCAGGCGUGGCGGAGGCGGGCCCCGACACUCACGCGGCUGCCCAUCCCGAGGGCGGUCGUGUUCGCGCUGGCGGGCGUCCUGAUCGCCUGGCAGCAGGCGCCCAUGGCGGCGUGGCUGGCGAUUGCGUUCUCGGCUUACCUCAGGCCUGCCGAGGCUCAGCGGCUGACCACGGACAGCAUUGUGGAGCCCUCGGCGUCAGCGGGCCCAGCUUAUCAGUUCUGGGGCCUGCUCCUCCACCCCGCAGACCGCGGGCAGGCGGGCAAGACGGGCGCCUUCGACGAGUCGAUCCUUUUCGACCUCGACCUGUACUUGGUGCCGGUGCUCAUGGCGCUCCGCUGUCGGGGGGGCCCGGGCACGCCGCUGUGGAGCUUUUCCCUCGGGGACCUGAACAGGAUGUUCAUGCUGGCGGCGGCUGCGCUGGGGCUCUCCCAUCUGCGUCCCCACCUGUACGGGAUGAGGCACGGAGGAGUGAGCGACGACCUCCUGUCCCAGCGGAGGUCGCAGGAGCAGGUUUACCGGCGAGGCCGCUGGGCUGUGCCAUCCUCGAUGCGGAGGUAUGCGAAGGAGACGGCCCUCUUGCGCGAGCUGCAGGGCGUGCAUUCGGACGUGUACGUAUUCGGCGACCUGGUCGCGGAGAGCUUCGCGCUGCUGAUCGAGAAGGGCUUCGCAGGCGCGGGGCUGCAGCGGCGCAUUCCGGCCAGCCUGCUGGAGGCGCUCAUGGGCGGCGCUGCCGGCCCUGUCGGCGCCAGCGCUGCCGCCGGCUCGGAGCGUCUUCGGCCGCGGCCGGGCGGCUCCGAGUGCGCCGACCACCUGCGGCGCCGCUUCAAGGCUGCGGUUAGCCGCGGCUCGCUGUGCCGACGUCGGGUGGUGCUGGAGCUGUUCUGCGGCAGUGGCCACUUCUCCGCCGCCACCCGCCGCCUGGGCCUGUCGACGCUCGGCCUGGACCUUCGGCUGUCGCCGCUGGAGGACCACUGCCGCCGCGACUUCGAGCGGGUGGUGACCGGCUGGCUCCGCGGCCGCGCCGUGGCAGCCGUCUUCCUCGGUACGCCCUGUACGACGUGGUCUCGAGCGCUCCGGAAAGCUCUGAGGUCGCGCGCCCAUCCGAUGGGCAUCAGCGGCCUUUCGACAUCUGAGAUCGCCCGCCUGACUACGGGCAACGCCUCGUUUUACUUCACAUGCCGCAUCAUUCGCUUAUGCUGUAAGUUGAACAUACCUGUGCUGCUCGAGAACCCUGCCAGUUCUUUAAUGUGGCAGGAGCAGCGCUCCCAGCUCGAUGCGCUGCAGCGGCGCCACCUGUGGUGGCACGAGCGCCUUCACAGGCACCGGGCCCACGAGCUGGAGGAGCGGGGCGUGCCGCACGACCCUGCGGCGAUGGACGCGCUGAGGAGCUGGGACGACCUCAACGCCAUGGAGCAGCAGGAGGACCGGUUCCACAACUGCCCGCUGGGCCCAGUGGAGUACGCUUUGACCUCUGGGCGCAGCGCCUCCUCGGCGGGGCGGGACGUCUACUACUUCGUCCUCGAGGAGAAUCAGCCCAUCAGGCGCGACAGCAUGACUUCUUUCCAGCUGAUGCACACCUUGACCCUAGGCCAGGCCGCGAACUUUGUUGAGAGGGCCGCGGCGCAGGCCCAGGCGGCGCUUGGGGGCUCCCACGGCGACGGCAGGGGUGCCGAGGACGCCGCGUCCCUGAGCAGCGACGACAGCGGCAGCGACUCGGCCAGCGAGGGGAUCAGCAGCGACGGCUCCUCCUCGGACCAUUCCGGGUCGCGGGCCAGCCGGAGGAAGGUAGCUGCGCAGAGGGCCCGGGAGAAGAUGCUGCGGACGGCGCGGCUGCCAUGGGACGUCCUGUGGAUGGUCACCAAAGUGCUGCAGUUGUGCUGGGUGUUCAUGGGCACCGUGCAGAUGCUUGUGAACGGGGGGUUGCUGCGGAACCCCCGCGUGCUCAAGGCCUUCGGCGAGCAGGCAGACCAGCUGGCGGCGCCGCGCAACCCGGCACUGCGGGCCAGCCGGGGGGCGAGAGAGUUGCUCCGCAUCGACGCCAUAAUCAUGCAAACCCACGUGAUCCAGCCGCCGCUGCUCAAGCGGGCGAUCGACCGCGGCUCGCAGGCGCUGUGCGGGGAGAAAGCGAACGGCAGCGGCCCCGUGGCGGAGCUGGGGGCCCGCGAGAGGAGCCUCGAGCAGCUCCAGCGCCGCGGGGAGGGGGGGGCCUACAGGUGCGAGCAGCGGGAGAUUGGCGACUUCGUGUGCGCGAUGAAGACUGCGACCAGAAACCUCCGACACGCCGAAGGUUACAUGGGCGACGUGUUCUACGCGCUCGAUGACGAGAUGGAGAAGUUGCGCUCGAUGAAGGGUGCGUCGGAGGUAAGCAUCGCGAGGGCCGCGCCGAGCGAAGCGAACGACGACGCGGAGAGGAUGGCCAAACAGGAGACGGCGCGGAAACAGAUUGGCUGGAAGGGGCGCGACCCCACCACGUGGAUCGAGAUAGAGGAGAACGACCCGACGACGUGGGAGACGCUUGGCUGGAUCGACAAGGCAGCGUGGAACGACCCAAGCAAGUGGCAUAAUAUGGGUUGGAUCGAGAAUGACAAGCUCGACACCGACAUUCCAAAGGUGUGGAAGCAGCUAGGAUCCAUGUGGACCCUCGGCACCCGAUCUUCGAGCGUCGUGGGCAAUGUUCGGGGCGAGGCCAACCGUACUCCAGAGCAGUACCGCUGCUUGUUCGGCUAUAAGGUAUUGGACAUCCGUGGCUCAAGACAGCUCUGUCUGGACUGUGAGCAGGAGAAGCUCUUCUGCCACAGUCACCUCAUCCUCUACCUGCGGGUGAGCGUCACCUGCCCGGCGCCGGCCGCGGAGGCCCUCGCCUGCCCUGAGGUGCCGCCGCCGCCACCGUGCCCGCCGGCCCCCGCGUGCCCGCCGGGCGACGCGGCGAGGGCGGGCGCGCCCGAGGCGGAGAGCCGGCACGUCUGUUGGCCGGAGGCGAGCGUGGGGCUGAGCUUCGUGUGCGGGCUGGGCGGGCUAGCGGUGCUGGCAGUGCGAUGGUUGGGGCCGAGCAACGAGGUGCCGAAGAGAGUCCCUCGGCAGCUGAUCUACCACUUGGGGCAGAGCGUGGGGCACCCUGGUGGGAACGUCCGCCGCGGGGACGACGUGGCCUUCAACGGCUCCGAGCUGUUGACGGGCCGCAAGGGGGUCAACGUGCUGAUGAAGAAGCCCGAGCUGAUCGAGAACAUCGGCGCUGGCGACGUCGAGGCCUAUAGGUCGGAGGAGGCCCACCAUGACGCCCGAAUGCUGAAGAUGCAGAGGGGCUCGCGAGGCGCUUGCCGCCGGCCAAGACGGGACGUGGCGUGCGACGUGAACGUGGCGGAGCAGCAGGACCGGCCUGUGCCUGGACCUCCGACGGCGGACUGGUGCCCGCAGGCCCCCACCCACCGCAGCGAGGGUCCCGUCGGCGGGGGUCGCCGCUGCGAGGCGGAAAGCCGGCUCAGCCUGGACCAGUGGGGCGUCACGGGGCACGAGAUCUUGGCCAAGAUCCUGGAGCGCCGAGGCACCCACGACCAGUGCGACGCGGUGAACCAGGCGGGCGGCGAGGACGUGAGGGGCGGCAGGGCCGCUCGCGUGGAGGAGAUGGCGAUCUUCCGCAGGAAGCACCGCGAGUACGGAGAGGCGAAGAUGGCUUCGGAGCUCCUGUCGCACGUGGUGGCCGAGCUGGGGCGGGACUCUGGCAUCGUGGAGCAGAUGAGCUUGGACGGCGGCGAGGGCGGCCAGCCAAAGUCUCGCCGGGGGCAGCGCCGUCGGGGAGAGCGAGCUCAUUGCGAAGACUGGGCUCGCUGCUGUGCCACCGCGCUGAACGAGCUCGACCGCGGGUCUGCCGACCCGCAGCCGCUGGGCCUGCGGGCUAGUGCCGGGCAGGAGCGCAGCCUGAGUAUGAUCCAGGCCGCGGUAGCCGAGCUAGGCCGUCCGCCCGCCGACCUGACGCGCCAGGGAGCCCUCGCGGAGCUCCUGGCCAAGCGCAGCUACACCGGCGAGAAGGCGUCUGUCGCUCGGCUCGACAUCUCCCUCUUGCCCCUGCCUUCAGGCGGGGGCGGUCCUCGGGCACUCUCAACGCUGCUCGGAGACGAGGGUCCAAUGGUAGUCGGAGGCUUUUUGAAAGACAAAGUCUUGCCUCCAUCGGAGGCGGCGGCGCGGGUGGCCGAGUCGGCCUUGAAGCGCCCAUGCUAUGACCCUUCGCUGCAGGGUAGGCCGCGCAGGCACGCGCGCCUCCUCGCGGCCCUUGACGGCGCAGGCAUGCUCGAGUGGAGGCGGCAUGGGUCGCCCCGAGUAGGCCUGUUCACUGCGUGGAAAAAGAACGGCAAGCAGAGAUUGAUUGUGGACGCUCGUCUGUCUAACCUGUGUUUCGCUCAGCCUGACCCUGUGGACCUCGCCACGGGCGGAUCUUUUGCCUCUCUCGAGGUCGACCCCGGACCCCCGGCGUGCCUGGCGCAGGUCGACAUCCAAGAUGCUUUUUACCAUCACCUCCUCCCUCCCGAGCUUGCGCCUCUCUUCUGCCUCCGACCCGUCACGGCGGGACUCGCUGGAGUUGGCGAGCUCGACGGAGCUCCUGUCUCGCCCUCCCAGCUGGUGUACCCACACCUGCGUGUUGUGCCUAUGGGGUGGAACCAUGCCCUGCGGUGGUGCCAGCGAAUUCACGAGUAUCAUGCCUUUCAGCAGCCCGGCGUGACCCCUGCCAACAAGCUCUCGGAUAAGAAGCCGGGAGUUCGCCUUGGCCGCUCGGGGUUUGCUCACACUGAAUACGUAGACAUCUUCGCCGCCAUUGGUCGCCAGGCCGCAGAGGUCGACGCCGUGGCCGAUUCUGUGCACGAAGCCUUGUCAGCCGCGGGGCUCAGGUUCGACGCCCCCCCCUGGGGCCGGGGCGUGUGCUUGGCGGAGCGCGAUCUCCAGUCCAUCCCGGAGGCUGGCCGGCGGUCGGACCGGUGGCGCUUCUCGCGAGGGGCUGAGGAUCAGGUUCGGCCGAGGGGCGCCUCGCUCCGGGAGGAGCUCAACGUGGCCGCGGCGGCCGGUCUGGAUGACCUGGACCGUGUCGGGACGGCCCGGCACCUGGAUGCCCUCGGCGAGGUUGACCGGAGUGGGGUUGUCCCGGAGAUCAGACCGAAGAUCCUUCAGGGGCCCUGGACCACCGUCUCGGCCGGCCGCUGGAGGCGUCGGGAGGCGAUGCCCGUCUUGGAGGGGCGCGCCCUGGUCUGGGGGGCCCGUCACGUGAUCAGGGGUUUAAGUGAGUUUGGCAAGCGAGUCCUGUUCCUGACCGACGGGCUGUCCGAGGUGCUGGCCCUCGAGAAAGGUUGCCCCGAGGACAGGCACGUGGCGGACAGCGAGGGCCUCUCGGUGACAGAGAGGGAGAACGCGGAGGACCUCUACCAGCGGGUCUACCACACCCCCCUCGCCGAGUUCAGGAGCUUCGCCGCGACCCAGGGCCUCCGCCUCGGGACCGCCGCGGACUACGACGGAGUGGCCCUGGAGCGGGCCCAUCAAGCGCUCUUCGACAGCGGCGGCGUGCAGGAGGGGCCCAGGCUGAAGGCGGUGCUGCACCACUACCACCCGCGGCUGCUGGUCGCGAAGGGACUGCCCGGGUUUGCCCGAGCCCUGGGGGGGUGGAGGCGGCUCGUGCCGCCUCGAAGCCGACUCCCGCUCCUGUGGGAGGUCGCGCGCGCCGAGGCGAGCAGACUGGCGGCCAACCCGUGCGCCGCGCGCCUCGUCGCCGUGAUGUUCGUCUUGCGCCUCCAGCUCGUGGAGCUGACGUCGCCAGCGGGACGGCAGGUGGCGCCGCCAAGCCGGGCGGCCGGGCACGACGCGCGGCCGCUCGUGCUGUUCCCGAUGGAGCAGAAAACGCCCAGCAUCAGCGGCACCUGCAACGCGAGCAUCGUCGGCGACCUGCCGUUCUACCGCUUCAUCGGGAACAUGCUGAAGCUGCCCAAGGCCAACGUCGGCGAGAGGGAGCUGGCGGCGCGGGCGCAGUACAUGCUGCUGGCGCAGGCGUGCCAAGCGGCAGGCCAGCAGCUCAGGUUCGGGGGCCCGCCAGGCCUCUACCGGCGGCGAGACGGCGGGGCUCCCGCCGACCUCGCCCGCGGCCGCCAAAGCUCGGCAGAGGUGCCAGCUCGCGGGCGCUGGGCGACCGACAGCUCGGUGACAGAGUGCGGCAAGGGGGGGCGCAUCGCCGACCAGCUGGCCAAGCUGCUGAUGCCCUCCUUCGAGCACGCCGUCGGCUGCGCCCAGAAGAUUGGCGGCACCCUCUGCAAGCGCUGCCGGCCUUUGCCGCCCGUGCGGGCGCAAGCCCUAGGGUUUGCCGUCUUCGAGUGGGACCUCCGCUGGGGCGAUGAGUAUGGCCUG